AGCAGUAGCACCAGCGGCUGCGGCAGCGGAGCGCCUCUGAGGUCCGGGUCACCUGUCGCCUCUCGGCCGGGAGGGCGCACUUCCCAGCCUCGCCCAGCCUCUCCGCCACGCUCCAAGGGCUUCCCACCGGGACCAUGCGCUGCCGCGAGCUCCCGCUGGUCCUGCUGGCGCUGGUCCUCUGCCAGGCGCCCCAGGGGCCCGCGGUCCCGAUGCCGGCUGGCGGAGGGACCGUGCUGACCAAGAUGUACCCGCGCGGCAACCACUGGGCGGUGGGGCACUUAAUGGGGAAAAAGAGCACAGGAGAGUCUUCUAUUUCUGAAAGAGGGAGCCUCAAGCAGCAGCUGAGAAAGUACAUCAGGUGGGAAGAAGCUGCAAGGAAUUUGCUGGGUCUCAUAGAAGCCAAGGAGAAUAGAAGCCACCAGCCACCUCAACCCGAGGCCCUGGGCCAUCACCAGCCUUCGUGGGAUUCAGGGGAUAGCAGCAACUUCAAAGAUGUAGGUUCAAAACGCAAAGGUUCUCAACGUGAAGGAAGGAACCCCUCAGCGGAACCAGCAAUGACAAUGAUGGCUUCUCUCCAAGGAGAAAAACAAAACGUGUAAGAGACUGCAUUCGGCAAGCAUCAAUUCUACUGGAUCAUCAACAAGAUUUCGUUGUGCAAAAUACUUGACUAUUCUUGUAUCUUUCAUUCUUGACUAAAUUCAUGAUUUUCAAGCAGCAUCUUCUGGUUUGAACUUGUUUGCUGUGAACAAAUGUCAAAGAGUCUUCCAAUGAAUGCUUUUUACAUCUAAGCUAUCUGUUGCUUAGAUUCAAGGCCCCAAGCUGUUACCAUUCACAAUAAAAGCUUAAACACAUUGUCCAAA